AUAAGAUCAUUGCCAACUCAGCAAGCGGAGCUUAGCAAACGGGGCGACGGCAAGCGCACAUGCUGAAGUGUCGGGGAUUCGCUUGUGAAGGUUUCAAGGGCCAAGUGCUCAUCCCCGAGCUCGAUCAUGCUCGACAAAUAAGUUUUGAAAAUAUUUAAAAUAAGACGAUUGUGUUUGCAAUUGCAUUUAGACUUGUUCUCUAACGUAUACUGUCCCUUAAACAACGGCGCGUAUUGUGUCUCGCGCGCGUAAACAACUCCAACUAACAUCCGUUAAGCACGAGAAAAAUCGUUGUGUGCGAAGUCGUCCUGGAAAAGUCCACAAAUUGGGAGAGAUGUCGCUGAAACCUCGCUUAUUCACCAAAGACGCGCGGAGAGCUUCGCAAAAUCUUGCGGCGAAUCUGCACUUCGCUGUCAGCAAAGUUUGUCGGAGCGGUCCUGUCAGGCUGACUGCACUGAAGGUCGACUAUGACCGGUUUUUCAAGGAUAAAAUUGCCACAAAAAGUGCAGAAGCUAUUGCGACAGCUCUGAAAGCCAUCGAAAAGCACGUCAUCGUUGUUAAAGUAUACACGCAGGACGGCAAUCGAGAGAUGACCGAGUCGUUAUUGGGAUUACGUUCAGCCUCGUACGCAGCUGAUAUGUGCAACGAGGACAGCCCACAGGUCUCGAAGCAAAGGCUUCUGCAGGUCAUCCGUGACCAAGCGUCCAACGGCAUUUAUAUACGAGAUUUAGAGCAGCGUUAUACUGCUACUUACGGCACUCGUCCAUCAUACCUACCCUAUAAAAGUAUCAAAGAAUUGUUGCAUAGAACUGCCGAAGUGGAGCUCGCCUCUUCCGGGAAAAACCUCCGUGUGCGUAUUCGUCAGCAGACAACCACUACGGUCAGUGGUAUCCCAGCCCCAACGCCAACCUCUCAAAAAAAGCAAAUGUUGUCGCGCAUCCCGACGUCUUUAAAUAGGAGCUCGUUGUCGACAGCUUCGUCUUUUUCUGGCUCACCGACAUCCCAGAAGCUGCGCAGAAGCCGUGACAUCAUGUCCAUGAGCAUGUUCCGGCCAAGCGCAAGAAGUUUCCGCGAAGAACUGCCGUGCGGUAUGACCCGUAGCGUGUUUGUUCCGUCUUCGUCCAGCACGUCGUCAUCGUCAGAAAAUUCGUCUGCUCGCUCUAGUGAUUCGGGUUCGCCCAGUGGCUCUAUUGAUAUCAGUAUGUCCAUGAUGGUACCGGAAAGGUCGAGCAUUGCAACUUGUUCAGAGAAGGUUUAUAGCCAGAGUAAACGAGACAUAAGUACGGAUACCAAAAAUAUAAUGGUUGCCAUACUUACCGAACUUCCACCGGAAGGCAUAACGUUGAAGAAUCUCAUUGACGAGUUCGUGAUGAUAAGCGGCCAGGCUAUGCCGCUAGAUGCCACCGUUGUCGAUUUUCUGAAGCAGGAGUUUAGCGAUAUAGUGAAAAUUGCCGAUGAUCCAGAAGGACUCCGGGUGUACAAAACCAAUUCUCCGUUGUUUCCCAGACGGACCCUUGCCGACGUCUAUACAAGAAUCGCUCUUCACUCGAACCGAAGGCCCUCCGAUCGCGUUCUCAAAGUACUUAAAGAUAUCUACAAGAAACGCGAGCCUGAGCCAGAAGAGUCGCCCCAUGUGGCCUCGACUGUGCCUAUCAUGCCAGCAAAGCCUAUCGAACCUCCCGCGGACGAAGCGAAGAAAACCAUAUUAAUAACAUCAGAUUCAGACGGGCUCGGUGAGGGUGUUCAGGCCUCAGAUGAAAAGCGUACUCCGCAAGCACGUCCUUAUCAACCUUCAACGACGAAAAGUGUGCGCCCCAUAAGCGACGUUCUCGCUGAUCUGAAACGACAAGUAUCACUUAGUCCUAUAGAAUACCCGGGGGAUUUCGAGAAGAUUGUUGAAGGGACAGCAGCUGACAAUCAGGACCUUUUGAUGGAGGCUAUGUCAUCGUUAAAUCUAUGCCUAAAGCCGUUAGGUGGUCGUAUGGUUCUCACGACUAACUAAGAAAAAGCGAAAUAAACAAAAGAUACACUUGCUCAAUUACAUUUGUUAGGAAUGGGGCUCUUUGUAUGAAUUGCUACAUUAAUGUAGGCCCAAUUAUAUUUCAAUAUAUUCGACACUCCUGGGAGCGUAGCAUUAUAAAAUGAAUGAGCGAUGUAGAAAGGCAUCUACGUCUAAACCAUCAGCCAUUUUAAUGAAUGUUUUACUUUUUCUAUCUGAACCGACGUGCAGAUACCAACCACAUCUAACUUGUUCUGAUGUGAUUUCAUUUGACGCUAUACAUGGUUUAUAUAAAUAAGCCUACUAAUCAAAAAUGGCAAUUACGUACCACACGUAAAUAUACCGGAACUUUCUAACUAUCUUCAAAUCAAUAAACAUACGAUACCUUAUGACAUAGAACGAGCGAUCUGUCUGUGCAACCUUUAUACGGAUGUUGUUAAUAGUUAUCCCGUAGCGGUAACGUUCUAAGAUGGCAGGCAAGUCGUUGCCGUCGGUUUCAAAUUGUCUAUCAAUGUUGUUUUUCGUCUAAAUCAAUAGAUCAGACAGCCUAUUUCUUUUUCUCCUAGCUCUGUAUAGAUUGAAUAUGAAUGUCUUUUUUUUUUCUGAGUUCAUCAAUAUCUUUACACCUAACUGAUAUGUACACAAAGGGUGCAAAUGAUUUGGCACCAAUGUCUAAGUUGUAAAGAUUUAAAAUGCUGUUCUUACUCGUUAUUUUUGCGUUUUGAACGAAAUAUUUAAAUUUGUGCUUGCAAUGAUGCUUCUGCUGUUCGUGUACGAAAUCUGUGUUUUGAAUGCAACCUGAGGGGUUAACGUACAGGUUCUUAAGCCCUCUACGACUUCUAUUUGCUCGUGGGCAUUCGAGUUACUCGAAAUGAAUUCACUUACAAUACAAUAGCACCAACCACGAAAAUAAGUGAAAAACGUCCUAAUUCUGCUAGGCAUAUUUACGUUACUGUAUUUUGCUUGCAAAAUUGGCAUUCCUAGCCCUCCUCAUGGCGGAACACAAAGAAUAGAGAAUAAAUGCCUCGAUUUGGAGGACAAUCUAAACACUGCUUUCAUUCUUAAGUAGCUUGUAUAAUAAACAAAAAAAGAUCCGGUACUGUCGCACACGGGUUAGGUUAUCUGCGGAUAGCAAAAUAAACCGAUGCGAUUGUCCUGCUGUCGUAUAUAUGGCUGUAAUCAAAUUGGAAGCGGCUCACGGAGAGUUAAAGCUUAGAACUUAUUUUUAUCGCUGUCAAUCCUCCAUCUUUGAAUCCGUCUCUCAAACAGCUACGUUGUAACGUGUGAAUCCUAAUAUCAUCCAAAGAACACUGAAGUGCUGCUAUAUAUGACGUUAACCUUCACCGUUGUGUAGUCACAUUUAUGACGGGGGUGCAUACUUACAACAAACUAUUGUGCUUAGCUAUUAUUAUUAUAUCAAUUCGUACGAGUUCAGUUAUCGAAAAUACGAUCGGUUUAAAGUAAGUCGUAUAUGUAUGAAACACUAUAAAUGAUGAGCUAUUUUUUAAUCAACACAAAUUGCGCAAACGUUGUCUUCUUCUACGGCUGGGUUUGUUUGGGCUGUUUAUCCUAAUCCUUCACAUGCUAUAGAACAGUUCUGCUGUAAAGAAUCGGCUUAAGGCUAUUAGGCGAUAAUUACAAACAUAGAGGUUUUUUUCUCAGGAAGCAAAAUCACUAAAGAAUAUUUGCACUCCCAAAUAAGCCCUUAUCCCCUGUCCCUAUCUUACGACAGAAAACGGAAUCAAUUUUUUAACUCGGAAGUACCUAACCCAUUAUUGAAUUUUGCCUCUGGAAAACUUCUUUUUGCCAAGUAUGUACCCAUGAUGAGAUACAACCGCAAAAUGUGAUUCUAAAACUUUUAUGCAUAUCAGAAAAUGUCACAAAUUAUAGUGCAGAGUAAAUUCCCCUUCGAAUUAGACGGGAUACGAUGUUCAUCCUAUCCCGUUCAACGUAGUCUUGAUUUCGCUUUUUUCUUGUUUUUUUUUUUUAACAAAAUAUGUAUACGAAGCUUCUUUAGUCCGUGAUUAGUGGAAUAUUAUUGUCAAACUUUUAAUGCAACAAUACCAAAUUCGCGUAGUUAUUGAAAUAUCAGCUCGGUCAUAAUAAGCAGUAAUUUUCCAUAGCUUUGUGAGUCCAUUAGCAUUGAUCUUCGUCGCGCUGCUCUUUACAUACAACAGCUCUAUAGAGUCAGUAUAUUGCCAAAAACAUAUAAAUACUAUACAACUUUUUUUCUUACAAAUAAAAAAAAGUUAUGAAUUAAUAAAAGGAUGAAUACACGGGCGCUAUAUAUGCAUAAAUACAUGCAUAUCUGU